GCUUCCCGUAGCUCUUCACUUUCUUUUAAUUCUUAUGCCUCCUGCAAAACCUAUUGGCGAAUUGGCUGUAGUCGCCCUCAAAGCCCGCAAUCUCCCUGACAGAGAGAUUGUCGGCAAGCAAGAUCCGUUUUGCGUGUUUCGGUUAGGUGACCAAGCCAAGAAGACCAAAACUGACCAUCGUGGUGGCCAGCACCCUCUAUGGGACGAUCAGGUGAACCUGAUUGUUCCGGAAGGGAAGACAAAAAUGAUUGUUCAGCUUUUUGAUGAAGAUAAGCGAAAAGAGGACUUGAUUUCUGAGGGCGAGGUUGACUUGACCCACGUUCUUAAGGAAGGCGAACAAGAUGAAUGGUUUGAUCUUCAAUACAAGGGACGUUCAGCUGGACAAAUCUAUCUUGAGCUGACGUUUUACUCUGCUUCAGCACCACCAAGACCAACCAACCAACCAGUGCGUAUGCCACCGCAGCAACGUCCACAUGGAGCACCUGUACAUCCGCAACAACGUCCUGGUCCUCCUCCACCAGGUCAGAAUGUACCUGGCGUUGGCCCUGCUCCAUACCGUCCACCACCUCCUCCUGAACAGUUUCAACAAGCUAACCAAAUGGCACGGCCGCAUGUUCCACCACCCUUGAACGGGCCACAGGCUUCAUCUAACUCGACUCCGUUAUAUCCACACAAUCGUCCUGCUAAUGCAAGGCAAUCGCCACCUGGAGCAUAUAGCCGUCCUCCUCAAACAUAUCCUAGUCAACCCGCUGGUCCACCGCAAUCAUAUCCCAGUCAACAGGCUGGUCCACCGCAAUCCUAUCCUAAUCAGCGGCCUGGCCCACCACAAGCAUAUCCGAAUCAGCCAUCUGGUCCACCGCAAUCCUAUCCAAGUCAACCGGGUGGUCCACCCCAAGCGUAUCCUAACCAGCCGCCUGGUCCACCCCAAGCAUAUCCCAAUCAGCAUCCCGGUGGUGGUGGUUCACGUCCCCCGCCAGCUCACUCUCCUCCGGAUGGCUAUAAUCGACCCCCUUACCCACUAUCUCAGCAACCUCCAGGUGCCUAUCCCCCGACUCCUCCGCAAAACCAGUCGACAUCCUUAUUGACUUCGGCUUACAAUCCGCAACACCGACCACCGCCCCCAAGCCCUCACUCUCAACAGUAUCCGUCUGGUGGAUUUUCCGGAGGAUUUCAGUCAAUGCCGCCACCACCGCAAGGUCAGCGACCACCUUAUCCUUCUCCUGGAGGAGGUCCUUCCAUGACCAUUCCGGAACCUCAGCAUUAUUCCAACUACCAACCGUCUUUUGAUGAUAACGGCCAGCCUUUUGCAGCCCAUAACAGCCCCUAUCCUUCAUCAGCGGCGCGUCCAAUGCCUGGUUACCCACCUUACCCACCUCGCUAAGUAGGAUCUGCGUGUACCAUAGAGAGAGAAAGCGCGCGCCCCCCAGGUAAUGGUGGGAAGGCUUUGAGUAGGGAGUGAAUGCGUACCAGCUGCUCACAUUGUGGUAGCGUUGGUUAUUCUUUCUCGAUUUUCUUUUAUUUUCUGCAAUCCUCAUGUUUGGUAUCAAAAGCAACGUUUACUUCUAUGAUUCCGUUUUAUUUCUGAUUAACUGCCUCUUUUUUUUUUUUUUUUAUAAACUAAAAAAUAUAUUAAAAACAGG